GACACUCUCUUGAGUCUCUCUCUCUCUCUCCCCCCUCUCUCAUCUCUCUCUCAGACAUUUGAUGGCUUUACUCUCAGCAUGUUGGCUAAUGAUAGAAUCCAUAGUGAUUCAAGAUGGUUUCUUGAAAUCGUCUUACAUGAAAUUAUACAUGCACCCUCUUGUUCUCUUUCUUUGUCAACUUCUUAUAUGGCUUUAUCUCUUCUUUUUAUGGCUUCUCCCACCCUUUCAAGCUCUUUACAACGCCUUUUCAUCGGUCUUGUUCACGUUCUCUAAGCUAGUUAGUAGUUCUUUCCGAGUCAUUAUGUUUAAAAAGGAGGUUACUUGUCAUAUUGAGUCUAGGCAAGAGAUCAAGAAUACCCUUGAUAACUUGGAACUCUCUACAAGUACUCAUAACCCGGUUCCUGCAUUUAGCUUUUCGUUUAAAUAUCAAGUGGAUAGUCAUUUAAAAGUUCGUAUAUCUAUGCAAAAAGGCAAGAUUCUUGAAGAAGAAGAAGAUGUGGAUGAUUUUUUCUAUGAAUAUGAUCAAGAAGAUGUUGUUGAGCUUCUUGAUGCUAAGGAGGUUGAGGAGGAACACGACGUUGACAUUUUUGAUGGUGUAAACAUGGAGAAGAAUCUUGAGUUCGAAAUUCAAACUAUGCCAAUACAUCAAGAAGAUGAAGCUUCUUUAACCAACGAUGACGAAGAAGAAGAAAUUGUAAACUCAGACGUGGAGAAUGAUCUAUCUUUUCUAGUUUCUAGCAAAAGAGAUCAUCCCUCGCCUUUAUCUAUUGCAAGCUUGGAUUCAGCGCUCCAAGAUUCGGUUACGAUAGAGAAUAUUCAAACACAAGGAGUUGAAGAUGACCAUGUAUACAAGAAAUAUUGCGAAAGAAUGAGAUGGUAUGACAUCCUCAGCCGCGAUAGAAGCUAUGGACUAAAUGUGAUCACAAACCAACUAACGGCAAGUAGUUUGAGCUUAUGGGGGAAAACGGCAGAGAAGAGGAUAAAACAAAGCAUGAAGAAGGACCUUGAGCUAGUCUAUGUUGCUCAAGUGUGCUUGUCAUGGGAAGCUCUUCAGCAUCAGUACAUUUUAGUGAGAGAUAGUUCGAACCCCGCUGAUUCGAGAGGCAGGUUCGAUGAUGAUAUAUCUAGAGAGUUUCAGAACUUUCAGGUCUUGUUAGAGAGGUUCUUGGAAGAUGAGAGGUGUGAAGGAAAACGAGUCUUGAGCUUUGUUCAAAGAAGAUUUGAGUUGAUUAGCUUCUUUCAAGUCCCAAGACUUUCGGACUUUCCGUAUCUACUUUUUUUCUCAAAAGGAUAUAAUAGAGAGGGACCUCAUGAAGGAGAAAAAGAAAGACAGGGCAAACAAGUGUUGAAAGCAAUAGAGACAUGCAUUGAAGUCUUUUAUGACUUUGUGAAAGUAGACAUUAAAAAACCUUUGAUGUGGGAAAGACUUCAAAACUCUUUGGUUAAUUCUCCUCUUAUGGAAUUGGAAGAUCCUAGAGACUUUAGGCUCUUUCUUGACCUAAAAAUUUCACUCCAAAAGAAGGAACAAUUGUUGAAGGAAAUGCAAGGGAACAAGAAGAAGAUUUGGUUCAAGAAGAAAUCUUUCAACAUGGAUGAAGAUAAGAUUGAGAAAGAUGAGCAUUUUAUGUUAGUGAGAUGCAUAACAAUAGAUUUAAAGCUCGUAUCUAGGGUUUUACACAUGCCUUUGGUCUCAUCUUCUCACCUCAAGUGGUGUCAACACAAGCUCGACAACAUUCACAUUAAUGGUGACAAGAUCUCUAAAACUUUCUCUCCUGUUUUAUUCCCAUCUUCUUGAUUUCUUCAAGUUAGGGUUUUCACCAUUUGUAAGUAUUGUUUUACUUUGUCAAAUCGUAAUAUCACUUUAAAAUUACUAAGAGUGAGAGA